GAAACCAUGAAGUACUUUUCAACAAACAAGAAUUUUUUUGGAUUAUCAUUACUGCUAAGUGUGUUAAUAAAUUUUAUUUCGUACAUUGAUAGUGCAAAAAUCUUAGUUUUCUUUCCUUUAUCUACAUAUAGUCACGUAAAUAUGUUUAAAGGGAUGGUUAAGCCACUUUUAAAUCGUGGACAUGAAAUCGAUUUUGUUAGUUUUUAUCCAUUAAACAUUAAAGAUAAAAGAUAUUCUGAUAUUGAUAUAAGUAAUUGUUUUCCAUUAUUUAAAAACAACGUAACAAUUUUAAAAAGCGCAGUUUUUGACUUAGAGUUAAUGCAAGAAAUGCUUAAUACUCUCGGUCACGAUAUAAUGGAUGCAGUUUUAAAAUCGCCGCAAUUACGCGAAUUAAGAAACACCACGAAAAAAUACGAUUUAAUUUUGCGACAUGUUUUGUUAAGCGAUCCAUUAGAAAUGUAUUCGCAUAUUUUCAAAGCGCCCUCAAUUGGAAUGAUAACAAGCUUUAAUUUACCUUGGACUUCCGAUUUAGUUGGAAUUCCUGAUAAUCCGGCUUUUAUUCCAUGCUUCAAUAGUCCUUAUGGUGAAAAAAUGACAUUUAUUGAACGUGCACUUAAUACUUUUAUAUAUACUUAUCAAAAAUACCAAUAUUGGAGUCUUCAAAAGCGUUUCACGGAGUUACUUUGGAAAUAUUUUGGACGAAACAUACCAAGAGUUGAGGAACUUUUAGGAAAAACUAGUUUAAUUUUUUGUAACAGUCAUUAUACAAUACAUCAAUCUAGAUCUAUGCCACCGAAUUUUAUUGAAAUUGGGGGUGUUCAUAUUCCUGAAGAAAACAAUUUUACUCUUCCAAAGCAUUUACAAUUAGGUGUAGAUUCGUCAAAAGAAGGAAUAAUUUAUUUUAGUUUCGGUUCGAUGGUGAAAAGUACAAUUUUCAAUAGUAAAAUUUUAAGUACCAUGUUUGAGGCUUUAGGGAAGCAACCCCACAAAGUAUUUUGGAAAGGUGUAAAGGAAGAAAUUCUCGUCGAUUUAAAAAUUCCCGAUAAUAUUAUUUUCGAACCAUGGAUGCCUCAAUUAGAUAUGUUAUGUAACCCAAACACAAAACUUUUUAUAUCUCAUGGUGGUUUAUUUGGUGUGCAAGAAGCUAUUUAUUGUGGUAUUCCAAUUUUGGGAAUACCGUUCCUCGCUGAUCAACCUGCAAAUAUCCAAUUUUUAGUCGAAAAGAAUGUUGCUAAAUUAAUUUAUGUGGAAGAUAUAGCUGAAGGAAAUAAGUUUGAAGAAUAUAUUGAAACUUUAUUAAAACCACAAUAUAAACAAAAUGCUGAAAAUCUUUCAAAACUUUUCCGAGAUCGACCAAUGUCACCGUUAAAAACAGCAAUUUAUUGGAUUGAAUAUGUUAUUAAAUACAAUGGGGCACCUCAUUUAAAAUCAUCAGUAACAAAACUUCGUUGGUAUCAAUAUUAUUUAUUGGAUGUUAUUGGAGCUUUUUUAAUAAUUUUUGUUGCUUACUAUAGUAUUCGACCAUAUAGUGCAAUAGAACAUAGAACAAUCCAGGAAUUACCCUAA